GCAGCGGCAUCAGAAGCUAUUCGUGGAUUUUACGUUGGGAAGAACGGUUAUUCUUCGCUUUCUCCACUCAAAACAUCCACUCGGAACGUUACGGAGACGGGUCACACGGAACCUCGGAGGUAUUUCAGCAGCUAAGUGAGCGUUCGGGUUCCGUUAAAACGACAAAUUUGACAGAAAUCGCGGGGCAGAUUUUGUAUUUACAUAACCAGCUUUCCUCGGCAGUCUCGACGGGGAGUAACCGGGUCCUCCUGCCAACGUGUAUUUACAGGCUGGAAAAUCACAGUUUGUCACUUACACUCGAGUAAACGACUCUGGACUGUAUUUGAGCUACUGUGUUUUAAUUGCUGCGUGUUUUCUGACGCUAUAAACGUACUUUUUACACUACUCGCAAUAACAAGUUAUACAACGAGCUCUCCCUCAGCGACGACAGGUCCUAACGCCCGCCCGCUUUCCGGGGAGCUCGCCCUGCUUCGUGGCCAAAUGAUUCAGCGGCCGUGCGUAUAUAAAUUCUUUGACAUUAUGGAAAAGGUUCUUUUAGAGCAAGGUUAAUAUUCAGAGUAGGGGAUUGUUGAAAACGACGCUUUAAAAGCAGCUUUAAAGGACUUCUUUUUCCCCCUCCGUCAUUUGGAUUCCCUGUGGCCUUGUGCUCCAGUGUUCUUGACUGACCCGGAUUAAAGUGGAGUUGAUUUAAUAUUUAUUUAUUUAAAAAAAAAGAAGGAUAAUAAUAAAAAAGGACUCAUCCAGUCGAGUAAUGGUCAUUAAUACGAUCCACUGGUUCAGGAAGGGCUUGCGUCUCCACGACAACCCGUCCCUCAAGGAUUCUCUGCUGGGAGCGGACACCGUCCGCUGCAUCUACAUCCUCGACCCCUGGUUCGCGGGCUCGUCCAACGUUGGCAUCAACCGGUGGAGGUUCUUACUGCAGAGUCUUGAGGACUUGGACUCCAGCCUCCGUAAACUCAACUCUCGCCUGUUUGUGAUUCGAGGCCAACCCACCGAUGUCUUUCCCAGACUUUUCAAGGAGUGGAAGAUCAAUCGCCUGUCUUACGAGUACGACUCUGAGCCUUUCGGGAAGGAGCGAGAUGCAGCGAUUAAGAAGCUGGCCUCUGAGGCUGCAGUGGAGGUGAUAGUUCGCACCUCCCACACGCUCUAUGACCUGGACAAGAUCAUAGAGUUGAAUGGGGGUCAGUCCCCGCUGACCUACAAGCGGUUCCAGACCCUCAUCAGUCGCAUGGACGCAGUGGAGGUGCCUGCAGAGUCCAUCACAGGCGACGUCAUGGGGAAGUGCACGACGCCGCUGUCCGACGAGCACGACGACAAGUUCGGGGUCCCGUCCCUGGAGGAGCUCGGUUUCGACACUGAGGGUCUGGCCUCAGCCGUGUGGCCGGGGGGAGAAUCCGAAGCUCUCACGCGACUUGAGAGGCAUUUGGAGAGGAAGGCGUGGGUCGCCAACUUCGAGCGCCCCCGAAUGAACGCCAACUCGCUGCUCGCCAGCCCGACGGGCCUCAGUCCGUACCUGCGCUUCGGCUGCCUCUCCUGCCGCCUCUUCUACUUCAAGCUCACCGACCUCUACAGGAAGGUGAAGAAGAACAGCUCCCCGCCGCUCUCGCUCUACGGGCAGCUGCUGUGGCGCGAGUUCUUCUACACGGCCGCCACCAACAACCCGUGCUUCGACAAGAUGGAGAGCAACCCCAUCUGCGUCCAGAUCCCCUGGGACCGCAACGCCGAGGCGCUGGCCAAGUGGGCGGAGGGCCGCUCGGGCUUCCCGUGGAUCGACGCCAUCAUGACUCAGCUGAGGCAGGAGGGAUGGAUCCACCACCUGGCCCGACACGCCGUGGCCUGCUUCCUGACCAGAGGAGACCUGUGGAUCAGCUGGGAGGAGGGCAUGAAGGUGUUUGAGGAGCUGCUGCUGGACGCCGACUGGAGCGUGAACGCCGGCAGCUGGAUGUGGCUCUCCUGCAGCUCGUUCUUCCAGCAGUUCUUCCACUGCUACUGCCCCGUGGGGUUUGGCCGUCGCACAGACCCCAACGGAGACUACAUACGGCGCUACCUGCCCAUCCUCAGAGGCUUUCCUGCCAAGUACAUUUACGAUCCCUGGAACGCUCCGGAGAGCGUGCAGAAGGCGGCCAAAUGUAUCAUCGGGGUCCACUACCCGAAGCCCAUGGUGAACCACGCGGAAGCCAGCCGCCUCAACAUCGAGCGCAUGAAGCAGAUCUACCAGCAGCUCUCGUGCUACAGGGGCCUCGGCCUUUUAGCGUCGGUGCCCUCCAACCCCAGCGGUCACGGUCAUGGCAACGAAGUGAGCGAAGCGUCCUCGGACGCGAUGGCCUUCCACGCCGAGGCUACGCCUAACGCCGCAGCUCCGUCCAGUUAUCAGAUGCCUGCUCACUCCCAGGGAGACUGGCAGAGCGGUGUCAUGCUGUACCUGCAGGGCGACUCACAGAACAACACGGGCACACACCAGCAGGGUUAUGCCAGCACCAGCACCAGCAGCAGUAUGAUGUGUUACACUCCAGGCGCUCAGCAGAUUCCUGGCCCUCUCAUUCAAAAAGGGCUGGAUCAUCACUCCAUCUCUCACACAAGUGGCAAACGACACAGUAAGGAGUCUGGAAAUGUAAAGAGCUCCAAAAUCCAGAGGCAGAGCACUUACUAAAGGAGCGUCUGCAGACACGCAUCGAGCAAACAAAUGGCUGACGCUAAGACUUUUCUCUCAAAAGUACUGCAGAGUCACAUGACCUCACCUCGUGGAGGACAAGGACGAGCGAACACAUCCUUCAUGACUCAGCGUUUGUUACCGGACUGUACAUAACGUUAUAUUAUAUAAGAUUAUAUUAAACCAUUUGGACUGCGCUCGUCUUUGGGUUCACACUGCUGGGACUCGCUUCCUUGUGUAUAUAAUGAAUUUGCUAAAUUUACGCUCACAUACAACUUGUACAUAUUUGAAUAUUGUAUGUGCGUUUUCUCUCUUUGUGUAGACCCCUCCCCCUCAUAGACUCACUGAUAUAUAUUUUUGAUAUGAGAAAUCAUUGUCGAUGGAUCUUUUUCUUUUUUUUUUUCUUUCUUACUACUGGAAGUUUUUCGAUAAAAGUUUUAAAGGCAUUUAUAUAGAAUGUCCAUUCCAGACUAAAUGACAGUGACAAAUCUAGUAUCGCUGCUAAAGCAGCCACAGGUCGUCUCUUAACUCUUCAUUUCCCAAACAUUCACCUGUUUUGAAACAUCCCACGUAUAUAUGGACAGAAGUGUAUCGAUGUUUUUUCUCUCUGUAUCCGAGCACUCGCUGGCUCGUUAUUUGUUCCUAAUGAGCAACUUGACAGCCUUGUCUUGUGUUUGGGGGUUUUUCUUGAGAACAAAUUAUGGGGAAUCAAGAGUUGUCAUAUCACUGUGUCCCCAAAGUGUAAUUCCCGAUAAAUGUACCACAGGAGAGAACUGCUUCAUUUGCUUCCUGUUCCUACUCAAUGUGCUUGUUUCAUUAAAACUGGGUUCAGUAUACAAA